CCCUCAGUCGGCAGCUCAGCAGAAGAAAGAGAAAAACUCCUGCUGAAGCGACUGAUCUCCACAAUUGAGGUACAGUUGGUUUUAUAUUCACACAUUCAUUCAGUGACAACUCGUGACACACUCCCUAUAUUGUUUACCACGGCACUUUGAAUAUUCGGUCUGAAAUAACCUGCAAGUGUUCCGAAUGUGCGAAUAUAAAACCAACCUCACCUCUAAAUCUCCGCACUGUUAACAAGAUGGCGUUUAUUAAAGAGGAGAGCGAAGACCUGAAGAUUGAAGAAACAUUCACAGUCAAACGUGAAGAUCCAGAGGAACAAACAGACAGAAAAACUCCUGCUGAGGCGACUGAUCUCCACACUGUUAUAAAGAUGGCGUUAAUUAAAGAGGAGAGUGAAGGCCUGAAGAUUGAAGACACAUUCACUGUCGAACAUGAAGAUCCUGAACAAACCGACCUGUUGGUGCUUAAAGAAGAGACUCAAGAACCCAAUCAACUGGAAGAGAAAGAUCAGUGUGGGAAACUGCAAGAUCUAAUGACUGAUAGAAAAUCAAUGCGGACUAGAAAGACUUCAUCAUACCAAAGAGUUCAGAAAACCAAAAGCAACCGUUAUUUCUCUUGCCAUCAGUGUGGUGAGAGUUUCUGUCAAAAAAAAAACCUUAAAGUCCACGUGAGAGUUCACACUGAAGAGAAACAGUUCGCCUGUCAACAGUGUGACAAGAGUUUUGCUCGAAAACAAAAACUUGAAGUGCACAUGAGAAUUCACACCGGAGAGAAGCCAUUCACCUGCAAUCAGUGUGGGAAGAGUUUCACUCAAAAAGGAAGUCUAGAAGUCCACAUGAGAAUCCACACCGGAGAGAAACCGUACAAAUGCCAACAGUGUGCAAGGAGAUUCAGUCACAUAGAAAGCCUUAAAGUCCACACGAGCGUCCACACUGGAGAAAAGCCCUUCAUCUGUCAACAAUGUGGAAAGGGUUUUACUCAGUCAGAACGCCUGAAAGUCCACAUGAGAAUUCACACCGGAGAGAAACCUUACGUUUGCCUUAAGUGCGCAAAGAGUUUUACACAGAAAGGAACCCUUAAAAUCCACAUGAAAACUCAUUCUGGAGAAAAAUCUUUCACCUGCUAAAUAUGCGGAAAGUUUCCCUCUGAAACUAAACCUUUAAGCCCAAAUGAGGACUCACACAGGAGAGAAGCGGUUUCCAUGUGACCAGUGUGGAAAGAGCUUCACCACAAAACAAAACCUUUGGUAUCAUUCAUUCAUUCUCUGCCGCUUUUCCGGGGCUGGGUGGCGGAGUCGCAGUAGUCUUAGGAGAGAACCCCAGACUUCCCUAUCCCCAGACACUUCUUCCAGCUCCUCCAGGGGGAUCCCGAGGUGUUCCCAAGCCAGCCGAGAGACAUUGUCCCUCCAGCGUGUCCUGGGUCUUCCCCGAGGCCUCCUCCCCGUGGGACAUGCCUGGAACACCUUCCUAGCUAGGCUUCCAGGAGGCAUCCAAAAGAGAUGCCCGAGCCACCUCAGCUGACUUCCCUGGAUGUGGAGGAGCAGUGGCUCUACCCCAAGCUCCUCCCGAGUGUCAGAGCUCCUCACCCUAUCCAUUGGAGUGCGCCCUGCCACCCUUCGAAGGAAAGUCAUUUCGGCCGCUUGUGUCCGAGAUCUUGUCCUUUCAGUCAUGACCCAAAGCUUAUGACCAUAGGUGAGAGUAGGAACAUAGAUUGACCGGUAAAUCCAAAGCUUUACCUUCCGGCUCAGCUCCUUUACCACAACGGACUGGUACAUCCACCACAUUACUUCUGCCACUGCACCAAUCUGCCUGUCAAUCUCACGUUCCAUCCUUCCCUCACUCGUGAACAAAACCCAGAGAUACUUAAACUCCUCAACCUGGGGUAAGGACUUUCCUCCAACCUGGAGAUGGCAAACCACCUUUUUCCAGUAAAGCGCCAUGUCCUCAGACUUGGAGGUGCUGAUUCCCGGCCGGGCUUAGCCGGAAGGAGAAAUGUGGGACCAUCCUCCCACAGGCCCACCAUCUGCAGGGGGAGCAGUAAGGGGCCGGAGCAUUGUGGAACGGGUAGUGGUCGAAGGUUGCCACCACGACAACCCGAUCGUCAGGCACAGAAAAUGAACAUUCACACUGAAGAGAAACAGUUUACGUCUGCUCGGUGUGGGAAGAGUUUCAGUCAUAAAGAUAACUUUAAUCAACAUGUUAGGAUUUAGUCAGAAGAGAAAAAACAUUGUGUGGAAGAAGUUUGAGUCGUAAAUGUAGCUUCAACAAAGAUUCACACUGGAGAGCAGAGGUCAGUUGAGUAAACUGUAAAAUAGUACUUGAAGAACUUAUUAUGGGGCGUUCACACCAGACGCUUCAUUCGCGCAUCAAAUUCACUCCACAAUAGAUGCAGAUUUGUGUCAUAAGCAGGGCCUAUGUCUGCCUGGUGACUCCAGUUUUAUUGCUAAAUGGCUAACAUGGAAUUUAUUGAGAGAAGAGCUGUGCUUUAGGAAUGCUAAAAAACAGCAUAGAUUCAUUCUGUGCUGUGUCUGAGUCCACUAGAUCAGUGGUCCCCAACCCCAGGGCAAUCAAUUGGUAGCAGGCCACACAAGAAAUCAUUAAUUAUUUCCGCUGUAUCUAUUAUCUGAGUCUGAACCAUCUUUUAUUUAAAAAAAUGACCGUAUUCUCUUGGUGGCAUCUCGAUAACUUGAGUGCCAAAAUUUAACUCACAAGCAGCAAAAUGAGUAAAAAACAGACGUCUUUGGAAAGUUUCUUUGCGAAGGGGAAAGGUCUAGUGAUCAACUGCUGGAGAUCGCAAAUGAUGGCAGCCUUAGGGUCCGUUCGCAUAUUGCAUCUUUUCUGCACGAAAGUUUGUUAUUUCCAAUGGAGGAGUGUGACUUGUGUCCGUAUAUUGGUAGCACCGCCUCAUUCGAGCCAAUAUCGCCGCAAGAUGUCUAAUCGCGUCUUUGCAUUGACUUAAGAUGUAAAUCCCUCAUGCUUGAUGAUUCAUCCAUGCCUGGUACAAACGUAUCAUUAUUCUAGUAACAGCAAUUAUUAAUUUAGAAGUACACUAAGCAAUUUUUGAAAAGAAAGAAAAAACUUGUCCCUCUGACAAGUUUUUAUGGUUAUCUGUGUUUUAGGUGCAUUACAGUAAGAGAAUCUCUAGAACCUACCUGAAUAAGUUACAGGACUUUGGGUCUCCUGGGUUUGAAAUACAAAGUGCAGAACUUAUCAUAUGUAAAAAAUAAAGGGAUCAGACCUGGGAUCCGAAUGUAAAAAUUAAGUAUUAUAAAACUUCUUUAUCAGGGCGCAUCUUGAAGAAGGUAUAUAUGCGCGUUGUACAGUUUUGAUGAAACCUAUCUGCAUUAAAGUGUUGAUAAAACAUGAACACUUAAAGAGAAUACAAUGCUUUUUGCUUUAAAAGCAGAGGCUUGGUUCUUUAUUCUGAUAUAUAGGCCCAAUCCCAAUUCUACCCCUUAGCCCUUCCCCUUACCCCUCAUUUUGCGUGUUCACGUCAAGGGAUAGGUGUGUCCCAAUUCUCUUUAGAUUGAAGGCGUAGGGCUAAGGGAAAGGGGUGAAUACCCCUUCGAACUAAGAUUUUUCAGGAACACACUCGAAACCAAGGGCUAAGAAAAUUUCCCAGAAUACACCAGCCACAACGGCAGAUAGUUACACCCGGAAGUCACAAAUGCACAAGUUAUCAUUUUUUGUCAUUAUUACAAAUUUGCACAUGUUUUAAUAUAUUCAUAACCGCGUUCGUGUUUUACCGUUAUACUUUAAAAAAUGUUAAAAUAAAAACAGCUAAAUUUCGCGAUCUAAUCCAUAAUCAUAACUCCUGUAUAGCAGUCCCACAACAUUCUGACACUCGAAUACCCAGUCAGAAAAGUCUAGUGUUGGGAAUGAGCUUUUUACAGUACCAGAGGUAGAGAAUGAGAUGCUGAAAAUAGAGAACGAGACGUUCUAUUUUGAAGAAACAGAAGCACGCCUUUUCUUUCAAGUCAAAUUUCCUCUGAUCCUCCUCAGAAUCACUGGAUUGGCUGAUUCUGCAGCUGGCCUAUUUUAGGAUGCACUUCUUUCUAGAUUUGACAUUUGGAGAAGUGUCAGAAGGUAGAUUUUUCAGAUGAAUAAUCCGUUGAACUGCAUCCCAAUCAUCACACAUACCUACUGGAACCCACAUGGACCCAAGAUUCUGACAGAAAUCUGUAAAGUUUUGUGAAGGAAAAAUCAUGGUUUGGGGUUACAUUCAGUAUGGGGGCGUGCGAGAGAUCUGCAAUAUCAACAGCCUGAGGUAUCAAGACAUUUGUGCUGCCCAUUACAUUACAAACCACAGGAGAGCAAAUUCUCCAGCAGGAUAGCGCUCCUCAUACUUAAGCCUCCACAUCAAAGCUCCUGAAAGCAAAGAAAGUCAAGGUGCUCCAGAAUUGGCCAGCCCAGUCACGUGACAUGAACAUAAUUGAGCAUGUCUGGGGUAAGACGGAGGCAUUAAAGAUGAAUCCAAAGAAUCUUGAUGAACUCUAGGAGUCCUGCAAGAACGCUUUCUUUGCCAUUCCAGAUGACUUUAUUAAUAAAGUUUGUGGAGAAAUAGGA